AUGACAUGGCCAUCUUAUCAUCAAAAUGCUAAAAUCCGAGCUGUAUUCCUCAAUAAUGGACAUAAAAUAGCAACACUUUUUUUUAUCAUUACUAUGGGAAGCGUAAUAAUAGACCAUGAUGUGUUUCAUUAUUUAGGUAACCUGGAAGAUCGCUUCAAACAGACAACACAACCAGUGCAUGAUGAAAUUAAAUGGUUUCCAGAGGUGGAUACAGCUGAAAUGCGGGAUCAGGGAGAAAAGAAAAAGAAUAUGGAGUAG